AUGGCGUUAAUCGAGAGAGAUCCCGGCGGCCCGACGCCUGAUUACGACGAAGAAGGUGAAGAUAGAGACCAAUUUCACAUCGAGCAGCUGGUUGAGGAGUUUGUCGAUGAACCUCCAAUCCGCCACCAUAUGUACCCAAAGAGUGAAGACGACGGUGACGAUGGUCCAGUAAGAGCUCGUACGAAUAUAAGGCGUGGUAAUGGGGAGUUGUUCUACAAGCAGGCGUUUUUCAAUGGGGUGGCUUUCAAGGAGGCGGUUCUUGAUUAUGUUCUCAAAACUGGAAGAAAUCUAAAGCAGUAUAGGUAUGAUAAAGCGAAAAUAGGGUUCAAAUGUGUUGGUGUUAAUGAUGAGGAUGGAUCUAAAUGUGAGUGGAAGGUUUAUGCGUCAAUUCUGUCGAAUGAUAAGAUGUGGAGGAUCAAUAGGAUCAUGGAUAAGCAUAGUUGUAUUCCAAAUGGAGAGUGUGAGAUGUUAACAGUGCCUCAUAUAGCUAGGUUGUUUGUUGAUAAGAUUAGGGAUGAUCCUGAGUACUUCAUGCCAAGGAAGAUUGAAGAAAUUGUAAAGACAGAUUGGAAGAUCAGUAUCACUAGGCCUCAGUGUCAAGCUGCUAGGAAGACUGCUUUAAAGUGGAUUGAGAGGGAGUAUGAUGAGCAGUUCCAUAGAUUAAGAGAUUAUGCAGCUGAGAUUAUGGAAGCAAACCCGAAUUCACAUGUUGAGGUCGAAUGUAUUACGAAUGAUGAUGGUAAAGACAUGUUCAACAGGUUCUAUGUUUGUUUUGACAACAUUAGAAGAACAUGGAUGGCGACUUGUAGGCCGAUCAUAGGAAUUGAUGGUUGCUUUUUGAAAAAUAGAAUUAAGGGUCAGCUAUUGGUAGCUUUAGGUAGGGAUGCAAACAAUGGUAUAUAUCCAAUAGCAUGGGGAGUUGUAAAGGUUGAGAACACUGACAAUUGGGUAUGGUUUGCGAAGUUGUUGAAAGAAGACCUUGGGUUAAACGAUGGUGAUGGAUUCAUUAUGAUGUCCGAUAGGCAAAAGGGAUUGAUCAAGGCUGUUUCUCUGGAGUUACCAAAGAUAGAGCAUCGGAUGUGUGUUCAACACAUCUACGGAAUCUGUACUCCAUAUGUUGUUAAGUUUCUUGCGGCUGAGCACAAAGCAGCAUCUACGGCUAAGGUAUCAACAGGCACAAAUAGGACCUUUGAAGUCAAAGUCAGUGGAGACACUCACCGUGUUUGUCUAAAGAAGAUGACUUGUACCUGUCAGAAGUGGCAAAUAUGUGGCAUCUCAUGUGAGCAUGCAUAUGGUCUCAUCAUUGAUAAUAAGCUAACGGCUGAGAACUACGUUUGUCAGUGGUUCCAAACAGCUUUAUGGAGAAGAAACUAUGAAGAAGGACUAACUCCACAAAGAAGUGCAAAGUUUUGGCCUUGUACAAAUGGGAAUAAGGUGUAUGCAGAACCACCUGAGGAAAAACAAACCAAGGCUGACAAGAAAAGGAAGAAAGGUGUCAAUGAGCCACCAACUAAGAAGCAACCAAAACAGAAAAAAAAAGAAUAA